UCAAAGCAGGAGAACUGGAGAUGCCGCAGGACCUGCCCCAGUCGGGCGCCUCCCUUCGACGCCGGUGCAGAGGCCAAACGGCCCAGCCCUGCCUGUGACCCUCGGGCCCGGAUCGUCCCCUCGUGGUUCCUGUCCCCGCCUGGCCCGGACCUGCCGCGCCCAGAAGCUGAGGGUUUUCAUAAAAAGCUUCCAUCUCCUGUCCGCAAGCUGAAGAAUUUAAGCUGUGAGGGUUGCUUUGGCUGAUGAUGUGGAUAAAAAAAUUUAGAACUGAAGUGCCACCUGGCUGUUUAAAUGAUGCUGUCCAAGGAAUGCAAGAUUGAGCUUGUGUCAGCGAAGACUAAAUAUAUUCUUAUCUAACAACUAUGAAGUUUCUGCUGGUUUUUGACUUUGACUAUACAGUCAUAGAUGAAAACAGUGACACCUGGAUUGUGAAAUGUGCUCCUGAGGAAAAACUGCCUAACAAAUUAAGAAACUCCUAUCAAAAAGGACAUUGGACAGAAUACAUGAGCAGGGUCUUUAGAUAUUUGGGAGACAGUGGAGUAAGAGAAGAUGAGAUGAAAAGAACUAUGACAACAAUUCCUUUCACUUCAGGAAUGAGAGAUCUUUUAGAUUUUAUUGGCAAGAACAAAGAUUUCUUUGAUUGCAUAAUAAUUUCAGAUUCUAAUACAGUAUUUAUUGACUGGAUUUUAAAAGCUGCUAACUUUCAUGAAGUGCUUGAUGAAGUGUUUACAAAUCCUGCAACUUUCAGUGGCACUGGCUAUCUUACUGUGCAGAAUUUUCACACUCAUCAUUGUGCAAAGUGCCCUAAAAACCUCUGCAAAAGAAAAGUGUUAGAAGAAUUUGUAGAUAAAAAGUUACAGCAAGGAGUAAAAUAUACAAAAAUUAUAUAUGUAGGUGAUGGUGGGAAUGAUCUCUGUCCAGUAACUUCUUUAAAGAAGGAUGAUAUUGCUAUGCCCAGACAAGGGUACACAUUACAGAAAAUGAUUUCUCAGAUGUCUGAAGAUUUUGAUCCUGUGCAGUCUUCUGUUCUAGUUUGGUCAUCAGGUAUUGAAAUUCUAUCUCAUUUGAAAUUACUUAUAAAGGAGUAACUCAAACUAUAGAGAUGGGUAAAGGUGUUUUAUCUUUGUGUGGAGUGAAUAAUGGUAACCAUAUCUGUCUCAAAGCACACAAUUACAAUGUUGAGAUGCUAUUAUCUGAAACUAAGGCAUUGAAAUACAGGCUAUAAAGUAUUGUGUUUACUCUUUACUGUAGUGGGAAAGUGAGCAUGUUGAAACAGAUUAUUUAUUAUAUGGAAAAACACUUAGUAUGAGCUUUUUCCAUUCAUGUAAAAGGGAGUGGGGCAUGACACAGGGAGAAAGGAGCAAGGAGAAAGGCAGAAAGAGGCUAAUUUAUUAAACUAUUUUUUUUUUUCUUUCAAAUCUUGACUUUAGCAGUUUGUGCAAAUUACUUCCGGUCAAACAUUUAGGGGGAGAGGCAGGGUAAGUUCACAGAAUAAUGGCUUUUAAUGGAGAGUUCAUCUACAUGUGUAAGAUUUAUCUUAGGCACUAAAAGCAAGCUACUGCCACUGUUGGUUUUGUUUAUUUGUUAAAGCUGCAAAAAUAUUUUAAGAUGUAAAUGUUUGUCUUGUAUAUUUGGUUCAAAGAGACACAUUAAAAUAACUACUAAAUAUUUUACUAAUCAAAGCAAGUUUUCUAAUAGUUUUUAUUGGCUUUAAGAAUUUAAGAACGGCCAUACUAG